CUCUCGAUCUCGGUUUCUCGAUCGACGACUGCUCUCUCUUGAACCGGAGACGGCGUCACGGGACGAAUCUAUUCGCCGGGAAACUUUUUUUUUGGGGGUCGUUUGCACGCGAAAAUCGAUUUGAAUCUACAAGGAUCUGAUCGGGAUGAGUAACAGCGAGCUUCUCACCGUCGAGCCUCUCGACCUUCAAUUCCCUUUUGAACUGAAGAAGCAGAUCUCUUGCUCUCUGUAUUUGACGAACAAGACCGAUAAUAAUGUGGCCUUUAAGGUUAAGACAACGAAUCCCAAAAAGUAUUGUGUGAGGCCUAACACUGGAGUUGUUCUCCCGAGGUCUACCUGUGAAGUUCUUGUGACCAUGCAAGCUCAAAAGGAAGCUCCUUCCGAUAUGCAGUGUAAGGACAAGUUUCUGCUACAAGGUGUGAUUGCUAGUCCUGGUGUCUCGGCCAAGGAAGUUACUCCUGAGAUGUUUAGCAAAGAGGCUGGGCAUCUAGUUGAGGAAACUAAACUGAGAGUUACUUAUGUUGCUCCACCACGACCACCAUCACCUGUUCAUGAGGGAUCAGAAGAGGGUUCUUCACCAAGGGCUUCUGUCUCAGAUAACGGACAUGGUUCUGAGUUUUCCUUUCAGAAAUUUAGCGUGGACAAAGCUGAAGCUCAAGAAAACCCAUCUGAGGCGAGGGCUCUCAUCACAAAGCUAACUGAGGAAAAACAGUCUGCCAUUCAACUGAACAACAGACUUCAAAGAGAACUGGAUAUGUUAAGGCGUGAAAGCAAGAAGAGCCAAAGUGGUGGUAUCCCGUUCAUGUACGUUCUUCUGGUCGGACUCAUCGGUCUAAUUUUGGGAUACAUUAUGAAGAGGACAUAAACCAUCCCACCUGAACUUAAUUCCUCACCGCCACGAAGGAAGAAAAACAAAAAAAAUAGACUUUAACUCUUUCAGUCAGACAUUUUUUUCUUUCUCUUUUGUAUUUGUCAAUUUCGCCUAAAAAGGUGCCCUAGAAGAUUUGUGUUUCAUAACUCAGUUUGCUUUGUUUUCAACAUUUGUAAUCCAAUGACUUUGCGUGGGUUCUUUCUCCACUAAUU